CUCCUGAUUGCCUCCGAGCGGAUCAAACCUCCUUCCCGCAACACCUGUCCGUCCGUCCGUCCGUCCUUCUACCUCGAUUUCUUUCGGUAGCCAUGGCAUACUACGAGCCUCAGGGUUGGCAGGCGCCCUCUACGCGCCAGGCAUCUUGGGAGCAACCAGCUCCCCCGUCGCGCUCAGGAUCGAGCUCCGUUUCUCAACGCGAAGAGGUGCCGGCCUUUUCUUCUCAGUUCGAUGAGGUCGACCGUGCUAUUGACAACUUGGUCAAGAGUGGGAAGCUGUGGGCUGCACCCCGGAGGGACUCGAUGCCUAUGAUGAUGGGCCGUCCCUACCCCGAAUAUGAUCCCCGUGUGGUCAACACGAUGACACAGCGUCAUCACUCGAUCAGCGAGUUCGACUCUCGGAUGCACCCGACUCCCAACGUUCAGGGCUUCUAUGCCUCGCAGCGAUUCCAGGGUCGCCCCAAUGAAGUAGAACAGAUGAUGCAAGCGAAGCGUCGGAUGGCGGCACAGCGUGAGAGGGAGCUCCGCAACUAUCACCAGGAGCAACAGUACAACCGAAGCCUGCUUGCCGAAAUGUCUGGAAACAAGUCCGAUCGCUCGCUCAGCCCGGCCGCCAUGAGCGAGGAAAGCCGCCGCGAGCUUCUCGCUCGUCAGCAUAGGGCUCUGUACGGCAACGACAGCCCCGCGUUCUUCCCUCCCGCCGGUCUCGCCGAUGACGGCACCCGCUCCGAAAGCCAGGCAGGUGGCACUCCGACCUCGACAACCGGUGUUCGUGGCCCUUCUCCGCGCAGCGUUGAUCCGUUCGGUCUCGCGCAGACCCCUGUCCAGGGCAGUGCCGACGGCGUUGCCCAGGCUGCUGCCGGCGCCGCCUCACUGCAGUCGCCUUCUCGCGCCAACAGCGCCUCCUCUCCCAGCUCCGCCAUCAAUCCCGUCUUCGGCAAAUAUGACAGUGCGGAUCAGCCCGUGACCUCGACGUCGUCCCCCGGUGGUGCCGAUUCGCCUUCCUCGAGACAGGGACCCUCCAAGUCGAUGGCGGGGCCAAUUGGCUCUGUUGGGCCGAUUGGAACUCGUCCCCUUCCGCAGGCCGGUGCUGGUCAGGCUUCCAACCCGGCGCUGAACAAGCGCUCCACGACCCCUCUGCCGUCUCCCUUGGGAUUUGGCUUUACUCCGGGUGAUGCCGCUGGUCCCGAUCGCUCCGGUUCAUCCGUGUCCAACCCUCCUACUGCUUCGGCUGCAACUGGCGUCAAGGAUACCUCCGGUGGAGUUGGACUUGGCUGGGGCAACAGCAGCGGCGUCUGGGGAUCGAAGAACGGUCUCGGAGUCCAGGCGUCGGUCUGGGGUUGAACGACCGCGGGCGGAUAAUCGACUACCACACAUCAUUUGUUUGGCAUGUGUUCGCUUCUGUGCAGUGGCGUUCUAAGAGGGGGUUUCGUUUUUGAUACUA